AUUCCCUACUGCUUAAUAGCAUCCAAGAAAUUGGAGUUCGGGUAAGCUUUUGAAGGAGUUUAUGACAAUUUCUGGGAAACUACUGGAUGAUUCAUUUGCAGGAAUUACAGAGGAAGCUUUAUUAAAAUCUCUUGCACACUCACAUGAACUAAACUCUAUAGAUCUUGAUGACAUUCACCUUCCAAACUUGGCAAGACCGCCAAAGGCCUUCAGAGGAAUCCGCAAGAAGAGCUCUUCAUUGAAACGUUGGCUUGCUAAAUGCUCUGAUGAUUUGACUAAGAACGGACGGUACCAUGCUACUACUAGCCACCUCCGCAAGUACCUUGGAGGUUUUUUAAUUGUUUCAUACUUGGAUGUUAUUGAAGAGUCUGGUUACGAUGAUGCAUAUGUGAAGGAAGUUGAA